GGCAUCGCUUUGCGAAUAUUUAUGCAACCGUGUGUUUUUAUUUACAAUCAUCUGUUUUGUGAAAUUCAUACAUAAUUUUAUUUCGUCGGUAUUUUAUUUAAAUAAAAUAAAUAAUACAAAUAACAGGAUUAUAACCACAUUAAAUAUUAUAAUCGUCAACAUGAAUGCUAUGACAAAUGUAAAAAAUGUACUUAAACUGAGUGCAACUGACUUGAAAGGUGGCAAGAAAUCAUGGCACGAUAUGUAUAAGGAUUCAGCAUGGAUAUUUGUUGGAGGCUUGCCAUACACGUUAACGGAAGGCGAUAUAAUCUGUGUAUUUUCGCAGUAUGGCGAAAUUGUUAAUAUUAACUUGAUACGCGAUAAAAGUAGUGGAAAAUCGAAAGGCUUCUGUUUCAUCUGUUACGAAGACCAACGUUCCACCAUCUUAGCAGUUGAUAACCUAAAUGGUAUUAAAGUGCUUGGACGCACAAUACGUGUGGAUCAUGUUGCCGAUUAUAAACCACCAAAGGAAAAUGAGAAAAUGGACGAGGAGACACUUAGAUUAUAUAUGGAGGGUUGUGCACCCAAAGCGGUGGUGCAGAAAAAAGAACGACCUUAAAUAUAAAUAUAUAUACAUAUACUCCAGAGCAUUUUUUAACCAUAAUUAGCAAUUAUAUAUAAAUAUUUACGUUUAGAGCCAUUUAUGUUGAAUAUUCCUUUAUUUAAAUACCCAUAAAGUUAAUCUCAAAUAAGCCUAAAUAUAAACAUUGACAUUGCUAAUUGACUAACCUCUCACUAUUUGUUAACUGUGCAAAUGUUAACAGGAAAUGUCAUAAGUAUUGUAAUAAAAAAUCGAACAUUUCAAAUUUAUAUUGUAUUUUCUUUUAUUUUAUAAAAAUGCUUACUUCCAAUUAUAAAUUAGACAUUUUUCAGACUUCCUUGAAGUAAAAUUUUGUUACAUUAAUUAAACAAAAAUGAUUUAUCACAACGUUUUUAGAAAUAAAUGAUUCUAACGUGCCAUUACUGGGCAGACGAAUAAUAUAGUAGUAUUAAUUAUACUUUUUACACAAAACAUUUGAAGAUAAAAGUUUAUAUUUAUGUAUGUAUGUAUGUAUAUGUAGGUUAGUAAGGGAUAGUCCUAUUGAAAAUAAACGACAAACUUUUUACAAAUGUAUUAUUUCCAUUAAAACCGAAGUAGAAGUAGUUAAGAUAAAAGCGGAGAGAUCUGUCCAAAUUCAAAAUAUGCCUAUCUAUGAAUUUUGCGAUGUUUUUUAAUUCCUGUAAAGAUAAAGAAGUGAGUGAGUAAUGAUUUUGCUGCAAACGAAAUUGUCAUUUAAACUUGCAACACUUACUUGCAUUACAAUGCCGACCAUAGAAGCCGCGAUCACAUUUACAUGUUUUCUUCGACGUACAGACACCGUGUUUGCAAGGACGCCUACAGGUUGAGCGUUGUAUGCGCUCAAUUUCACAAUGGUUGCCCAACAAACCGCUGGGACAGCGACAAAUAUUGGUGCCUAUGCAACGACCGCCAUUCUUACAAGGAAUCACACAUUUAG